GGAGUGGGAGGAAGAAAGAGCAAGGAUAGGAGGCAGAGCAGCGCAGUGUGGGGGGAGUUAGAGAGACAGGAAGAGAGAGAGAGAGAUGUAGAGACAGGAAGCCUCUACCGCGACUGAGCCAGUGAGACGCAGGCAGGCAGGGAGAGAAGACAGAGAAAGAGAGGCCCUCGGCAUCUCCAAGGCCGGCCCGAUGAGGGGGUGAGGGGGCUCAAGAGCACUACGACAGAGGUGCGAGUGGGUGGGGAAGAAGAAACGGAGGGGAUAAGAAGAGGGGAGAAAGGCAGGGCGAUAAAAUCAGAACCAGGCUUUAGCGGGGAGAGGGGAGUGGGUGGGUAGGUGGAUCUGCGAUGAGGAGGGGGAAAAGCAGAUAAAAGUUUUGGAGACAGAGUAAGAGUGGGAGAGAGAAGGGGAAAAGAGGCUAAAGAUAGGGCAGGUAGAGUCUACGUUAAUGGCAAGGGUAGGAAGAGAUACAUGGAAAAAGAGGAGGAAGCUCUCUGUGUCCCAGGAGUCCUCCUGUUCCUCUGCUUCUUCGUCUCCUUUUUGUGAGGCUGCUGGACAUCAUCCAUCAUCAUGUUCUCUGACAGCAGGGCUCCAGCGCCUGGGGAACAGAAAGGCUUCAAGCCCCACGCUCCUCAUUUCAUUCCCUGGCUGCGCAAUAGUCUGAAGCCCCAACACAGCAGUGACCUGGGGCUUAAUGGACCAUUCAAAUCCACCUCAGAGGUCCGCAACAACCUGAACCCACUGGAGAGAGCCAAAGGGAUCGGGUUCUUCUCCAUCCACGGAAAGGACCGGGUGAAGAAGGGGGAUGUUCGGUGUAAUGGCGUGGGCAUGGCGAGAAUGCUGCCAGUGGUGCUGAGGGGGCAUCACAUCCUGCCAGGGAGUCUGGGGAAGCAGAGAGAGGACAGUCCUGCCAGGUGGAACCAGUCUUCAGAGCUGCACCCAGACCCAAACACACAGAUAAGUCCAGGGGACGGGCCACAGGGUCUGAGCAACAGCUCCACAUCUGCACAGGACAACCAGACCUUUGUUCGGAACCAUAGCAGCCUCCUUCAGUCACACAGUGACGGGACUAUCACCAGGAAAUAUGGUCCACUAGUGGGACCCCCUCCUGCUCCUGCUCCUGCUCCUGCUCCUGCUCCUGCUCCUGAGGAGCCAAACUGUAAGAUGCCUGUUGUGGUGAGCAUGGAGGACAGGAGGGGAAAGGUGUGGGACUACGCCAGCAGUACCAUCCACAGGCAGCAAGGCUUCACCUCCAGCUUCAGUCACAUCAAACAACAGAGCAGGAACUCCCAGAGCCAGAGAGACCUGACAGCACUGAGGGAACCACCUGUGGAAGGUUUCAACGGGCACCUCAAUGGAGUCAUAUUCUCCACUGAGAUUCCACAGAGAGGCCUGGGCUGCACCACAACUCUACGAGGCCCCAAAAAACCUAGAUCAAGCUUGGAGCGUAUUGGGAUACUGGCCCAGAACCAGACAUGGGUCCAACAUAGGCCGAGCAGCGAAGGGGAGUCACAGAGCAAGGAAGCAGGCUGCAGCAGGAAGGUUCGAAACCAGAUCAAGCGAGUGGUGGACAACCUGGAGCAGGUUCUUACAGCACUGAGGGAUGUUCACCAGGAAAUGAAAGAGGUGGUGCAGCAGAUUGACUAUCUAACCUCAUCCAUUGAUCUGAAUGAGGAGGAGCAGCAGAGGACUGCAGGAGGUGAUGCAGCCAAGCAUCCCAGUGACAGCAGCUCCAGUUCAGGUUCCAGCUCGAGCGAGGUGACAGUAGGUAGCAUCUAUCAGAGGCCCUCAGAGCCUGAAGACCAGCCAGGUACCACAGACUCAUCCGGCACCCUCAGGAGAAAUCAUCAUAGCAGGAGCCAAUCUCCACCAAAUGUGCUGCUGUGCCCGGUAACCUCUGGGUCAUCGUCUGAGAGGAGUCGAAAUCUUCGCUUCACCUGCAGUCUGGGGUCUGCUCCCAGACAAGUUGGGCUGCUGCAGUACAACAAUAACCCUGCUUCAUCCAGCCCCCCUCAACUUCAAACCCUCACCUCCCAUGACCUCACUCUGUCUCCCCAAAGAAACCUCCCUGUUCGGCCUCCGACUCCUGGUCUCUCCCCGCUAACAGUAAAUCUCCAUCAUCCCAGCAGCCCUGGUUCUCAGCCUCACUCCCCUGGGCCUUCAUCCUCCAUCAGGGUCAGCCCUGGCUCCCCUCCCUCACCCCUGUCUCUAAAGCCUCACCCGCCCCCCACCCUUAGCCCAUCUGUCAUCAUAGAGAACAGGUCUUAUCAGAUCUCACAAAAUGAUCACCCAUCUGCCGGUCAGCUCUCUCCAUCAUCGACCCACCCUGUGUCUGCCAGCUGCCCACCCACAGACUCAGAAACUGUGUCCAGCAAUGACAGAGAGCAGCGAGCAUCCUCAGGGCCUGUUGAAAGACCUUCACAGGUAUGCCCUGCAGCUACAGCUAAACCACCAACAGCACAAAACCGCAGAGGACGCAAGCCUCCACCGUACCCCCACAACAGACCCUCUGAACUCGCGAAGAAAGUGAAGGAGCCCCGCAAAGCUCCUCCGUACCCUGAGAAAAGAAGGCUGCUCUCGACCACAGUGUGAGACAAUGCAGCAGGUGGGGGAGGCUGAUCGAACAGAGCCAUAUUCACAGCACCAGCCGCGAGUCUGCAAGAGUGGAGAGUGAUUUAACGCUCGCCAAGUUGAGCUGAGACCAAGUUUCCAAGGUGACAAGACACAGACGCAACUUGGGGGCACAGAGCCAGAGCAGGAGGAGGAAACAUGUGCUCUCACUAAUGACAGAGUGUCAGGACUGUCCUUGCUGGGGGAAGGAGGCGUGUCAAGGUGUGCUCCACUUCACAGAUGACCACAUCAGACACGGCAGCCCUCCACUAAGUGACUGAGCUCACACAUUAACCUUCCACCAGACAUUAUGUGCAAAGGCACGACAGUUCUUAGUUUGACUUCCAGGAAAAAUAAAGUAUUUUCUGUUAUUUUGAACGUCUCUGCUUCCCUGUGUCAGUUUGUCAAAGAUGAUAUGAGCUGAGAUGUAGCUCAAACCGUCACUAGAGGACAGUGGAUAAAAAAAAAAAAGUGGAAACAAGGGAUUCAGCACGGCAAGUACACACCACAUGUUUUAUUCAGUAUGUCAGACACUGUAUGGAAAGUACUUUCAGCACCGCUCUGAUUCUCAGAUAAUGUUAGGUGACGUUUAACCUUGCAAAGCCAGAAGUCAAUCUAAAGGAUGUCUUCAUUGGCCACAAGUUCUGUAACCUGAAUGGAAACAGCAGCUCUGGUUUUUAGUGAGGUCAGUGGCGUAAGGUAGUCACGAUUGUUACAGAAAAGGAAAACCAUGACAGAGGUGGAUUUGCCUUUUCGAGUUUAUAAAUAGCAAGUGGUACCAUUUUUUAAGAUGAUUUUUUGGGCUUUUGAACCUUUGUUGUAUAGUGACAGUUCAGAGGGGAGAGAUGAGGGAAGACAUGGCCAGAGGUGGGAAUCAAACUCUGGACUGAUGCGACAAGGACUGAGCCUUUGAAUGUGGAGCGUGCACUCUACCAGGUGAGCUAUCAUGCCGACCAAAGUGGCACAAUUUGUAAUUUAACACGAGUUCUUCUUUGAACUUUCGUAUUUUCGAGGUGGAAAUAUGAAUCACUUGCAAGGGCUACCUCUAUGGACCCCAGCUGAACUGUCCUGCCCACACUGUCUAUAUUUACACCCCUGGAUGGGGUAAAAUUAGUUGUCCAAAGCAUUCUCUGGUUCCAGCUUCACAAAUUUGAGGAUUUGUAAUCUUUGUCUGCAUUGUUUCAUCAUAAAUCGAAUGUCUUUCGAUUAAUUAAUUGAAAAAAGAUGAAUUAAAAAAAAGAAUUGAUUAAUAGAUAAUUAGAAAAUAAUUGUUAGUUGCAGCUUUACUGAAAUUUCUCCAGUUUGAUGAGGUGACACCUGAUCCUGUUCACGAGUUAUGAAAUUUAAGACUCAUCCUAACCUCAUUUAACUACAGAACUGUUACACACAGUUCAUAUACAUAUUUGUGUCCAGAAAAAAAGGUCCACUAUGGCAAAAUAAUAAAUUGUGCAAUUACAUAUGAUAUGGCCUCUUUUGUCGCAGAAGACAAGCUCAAAGUGUAAAUCUGAUUCUGUGCUGUCAAGAAAAGCAGUUUAAAAAAGUGCAAGGCAGAAAAAAAAUCUGCUUUAAUCUCAUCUCUGAUCCUGAUAAAUGUUUUGCUGUAUUGCCGGUGCUUAGGCGGAGGGUUUAUUAUUUGCAGGCUACGCAAAAAUGUUUAUCAACUUGUGCUUUGCCUUGAUUGUCUGGCAUUUCUGCAGAGAGUGUAAAAUCUAUGCUCAGGAAUGAGAAGCCUUGAUCUAAACACUGACAGGUUGCAUGAAACCGCGACGUAAAUUCGAGGAAAAACUCUUUACCCACAGUUUGUCUUUGUUAGGCAGUGAAGUCCUGUGAGCUUUUUUGCUGUACAACAUGAGCUCCACUCCAACUAAUGACUCAGUAGGGGAAAAAGCUGAGGAGCUAAAACUGAAGAGGUUUCUCAUGUGUUGCACCUGCAGUAUUAUAACUACAUUCUGCAGGAUGUGGUGCAAUUUGGCUUCCGACAAAUUACAGCACCGAGGACUAAGGAGCUGCAGAACAACCUUUUCUUAAGAUAAACUAUGUAGUUUGUGGAAGGACCUGCAUUGAAAUUGGAGUUUUAAGCCUGAGUCAGCAUUUCUUCGAGGAAGGAAAGCCUAAAAGAAAUAUUUCUUCUUCAUUGUUCUGUUUAACUUAAGUUUGACUUAUGUCAUGACAUGGCUGAAUAAAUAACGACUUUCUCCAACGGACAAUGUCACACACAUUUCAUGAUGUGACUGAUGUACAUGCCAAGUGUUCCCUGUUGAGGAUCAGGGUCAGCUGACAACAUAAAUACACAUUCAUGUGAGCAGGACAGGCAACAUGUGCAUCAGCUGAAGGAGGUGUGU